AUGUCUUUCCAGAGUACCGUGAACCUGUCCCUGGACAGCCCCACCCAUGCCAUUUGUGUGCUGGGCACGGAAAUCACCUUGGACAUCAGUGGGUGUGCACCCAAGAAUUGCGAGUCCUUCACCAUCCGUGGCUCCCCCAGGGUCCUGAUCCAUAUCUCCAGCUCAGUCAUUACUGGGAAGGCGGAUGCAGUGGUCUGGCAACCAAUGACCCAGCCCACAGAGGCCCUGGUGAGAAUGGUGUCACCCAGCCCCGAUGUGGAUGAGGACAAGGUGUUGAUCUCAUUCUACAGUCCUGACAAAGAGGUUCCCACGGCCACAGCUGUGCUGUACCUCACAGGCAUUGAGAUCUCCCUGGAGGCAGACAUCUACCGAGAUGGACAGCUGGACAUGCCAAGUGACAAGCAGGCUAAGAAAAGAUGGGUGUGGGGCCCGAACGGCUGGGGAGCCAUUCUGCUGGUGAACUGUAAUCCUGCUGAAACAGAGGAUCUUGAUGACCAGUCCAGUGAUCAGGAAGCCCCCAAAGACAUACAGAACCUGUCUCAGAUGACUCUGACGGUGGAGGGCCCCACCUCUGUCUUUAAGAACUACAUGCUGAUCCUCCAUACCUCUAAGGAAGAGGCGAGCAAGGCACGAGUCUACUUGUCCCAGAAAGGCACCACCACUUGUACCUAUGAACUGGUAAUCGGACCUGGCAAGCCUGUUCAUGUCCUGGCUCCCUUUGAGAACCGAGGGAAAGAGACCUUCUACAUUGAAGCCAUAGAGUUCCCGUCUGCCAGUUUCGCAGGCCUGAUUUCCUUCUCCAUAUCCCUAGUGGAAAAGUCUCAUGACAAGUCAAUCCCGGAGAUGCCGCUAUACAAAGACACAGUGAUGUUCCGGGUUGCGCCUUACAUCUUCACUCCCAGCACCCAGAUGCCUCUCGAGGUUUACCUGUGCAGGGAGAUGCAGCUGCAGGGUUUUGUGGACACAGUGACGAGGCUGAGUGAGAAGAUCAGUGUUCAGGUGGCUUCUGUCUACGAGGACCCCAGCCGUCAGGGCAGAUGGCUCCAGGAUGAGAUGGCUUUCUGCUAUACUCAGGCUCCCCACAAGACAGUGUCCUUGAUUCUCGACACACCCCGGGUUUCCAAGCUGGAGGAUUUCCCCAUGAAAUACUCACUGAGUCCUGGUGUUGGCUACCUGACCUACAAAACUGAGGACCACGGAGUGGCUAGCCUGGAUUCCAUCGGGAACAUGAUAGUAUCCCCACCGGUCAAGGCUCAAGGCAAAGAUUACCCUCUAGGCAGGGUCCUCAUUGGUGGCAGCUUUUACCCCAGCUCCGAAGGCAGAGACAUGAGCAAGGCCUUGCGAGACUUCGUGUGUGCCCAGCAGGUGCAGGCCCCUGUGGAGCUCUUCUCAGACUGGCUGAUGACCGGCCACGUGGAUGAGUUCAUGUGCUUUGUCCCUGUAAAGGACAAAAACAAUGACGGGAAGGGUUUCCGCCUCCUGAUGGCCAGCCCCAGUGCCUGCUAUGAGCUGUUUGAACAGAAGCAGAAGGAAGGCUUUGGGGAUGUGACCCUGUUUGAAGAUGUCAGAGCAGAACAGCUCCUUUCUAAUGGGAGGGAGGCCAGAACCAUCUCCCAAAUCCUGGCUGAUCAGAACUUGCGAAAGCAGAAUGACUACGUGGAGAAAUGCAUUAGCCUGAACCGUACCCUCCUCAAGAAGGAGCUGGGCCUGAUGGAGAAGGACAUCAUUGCCAUCCCACAGCUCUUCUGCCUGGAGCUGCUGACCAACGUCCCCUCCAACCAACAGACCACAAAACUCUUCGCAAGACCGUACUUCCCUGACAUGCUGCAGAUGAUCGUGUUGGACAAGAAUCUAGGGAUUCCCAAGCCCUUUGGGCCCCAAAUCAAGGGCACCUGCUGCCUGGAAGAGAAAGUCUGCAACUUACUGGAGCCCCUGGGUCUCAAGUGCACCUUCAUCGAUGACUUUGACUGCUACCUGACCAAUAUGGGAGACAGCUGUGCCUGUGUUAUCAUCCACCGGGUGCCAUUUGCAUUCAAGUGGUGGAAGAUGGUUCCUUAG